AUGGCGACGAUAGCUGGUGCUGUGCAAGUGUCGAGGUCAGACGUUAAUGCAUCACCACAAUCAUCUCGAGCCUCCUCCCCAGAUCUGGAUACGCUGGAACGGCUAGGCGCAAACUUGCAGUUCGAACUUGUCGACAAUACACCCCAGCCUGUAGACACAACAGAAAACCAAGAAGACGAAGAUGAAGAACUCGAGUUCCAGCUAUUUGCUCCCAUCAGAUCUACGACUGAUGCCUCUACUCCCGCACCAGUCGCCCAGAAAAUUCGCAUUCGCUCGCCCUCAGAAGAAGUCAGAGAACCAGGAAUCAUCGGCCCAGGACGCCCCUUGAGCUACUAUCAUACUGGAGAGCUCGAUCCCACACGCGCUAAGGAAUAUGAGGUCGCGGCCGUGACUGGUGCAGACGUGCUGGCCAUGUCUAAGCUAUCAUGCACUGGUUGCGCAUAUCCCUGGAAAGUCGUCACCAUCCCAUCGUCACAGGCCAAGACAGCUCUUGCUGCAGCGGCGGCCCAGAACUCCGUAGCAGAAGCUUUCCUGCCAGAUGUACCAAAGAAGCGCACCCGUCUAGGAAAGAAGGACAGAAUCAAGAAGAGACAGAAGUUGGCUGCCGUGAAGGCCAAGAAGGAGGAAGACAGCAAAUCGAAAGAGGAGAAAGAAAGGCUCGAGCGCGAAAAGAAGGCGAGGAGAAAUCGUGAAAAGAAGUUCAAGAAGAGAGCACGAGACAAGGCCAAAAAGGCUGCUGGGAAAGAUGGAGAUAAUGCCGAUGGAAGCGAAGGUGACUCUGAUGCUGAGAGCAAUGCAGAUAUCGACAUGGCUUCAUAA